AUGCCUUCAGUUACUGAUGCAGUUCAUGAAGCCUACAAUGCCGGAAUCUUUGAAGGUAAUCGGCAUUCCCUGUAUAGAGAUAUUUUUAAAUGGUCUCAAGAGCUUCGCAGAGGAGAUCGAGUUCACAUGAAUAUUGCAGCAAAGCUGGAUGAUUUUGCAGAGGGAUGGCGGACCGGCCAGUUAGAGGAAAUCAAAAGGAUGAACCCCGAGUCUAAAAUGGAUGCCCGGAAUAACACUUGUCAAAAGGUUGGGCGUCUCUGUGACGCUAUGAAUCGGGUCGCCGAUAUCCUUCGCAGACAGCUCGCAAUUGAGGUAGAUGUUGCUGACCUACUGGUCGCGAUCUCCGUUCAUGUUGGUAGAUGUCGGUACUUCUGUUCAUCAACGUCGGUUCCGGAUCCAUACGCAGAUGGAUUGGAUGUUUUUGCGAAGAAAGAACAUGAAUUGUGGUGGAAGACUCAUCGUAGUCGUUUUGUUCGUGAGAUUUCCACUUCUCUCAUGGAGUCUAUGAACUGUCGUUGCUACCGCUGCGUGUUUACCAAUUAG